GUUCCCUUCUUGCACGCCUACCCUCACAAUUAUUUUUUAAAAUGGCAACAGCCGUACAGUCCCAGUCACAAGUCCCUGAAAUCACGGUUUUAAACCGCGUUGUUUCUAUUCCUUUGGUUGCGUCUUCACUUGAACAGAUAAAUGCCAUCCUCGAGAAAAACAUGCUCACUCGCUCUCCGUACCACGCUGCUCAAGCAAUCACCAACACCGCAUAUAACUACUCGCAGCCCAUUCAGAUUCGUCUUGCCCCUCUCAUCGUCCGUGCAGACGGUAUUGCCAACAAGGGUCUCGAUGUAGUUCAGUCGAGGUAUCCUUAUCCGUUCCAAGCCAAACCAGAGGAGAUGGUCAGCUACGUGCGGGAAACUGCGGAAAAGACGUUCGAGAAUGUCAAAUCCCCUGCAGUUGGCGUUGCAGAGGGCAUUGACAAGAAAUUUACACCUGUCGUUGACCUCAUCGAGAGAGUCGCUGGAAAUAUGAGCAAUGAAUCGGGUGCUUCGUCACCCUCGUCCGCAUCUUCUGACUCCCAAUACCAGUAUCAGCGCGCGAUCAACUUGUCCAAGCACCUCAAGGACAAUCUCUACGUCUAUUCCUCGGAGCACCUCAAGCAAGUACAGCAGCAAAGCGUCCUGGUUCAACGCGCUACCGACACCGCCAAUUCUAUCUCUGUUCUCGCCUCCAACCAGAUUAAUAAUGCUCAAACUGCUGUCCAAAGCGUUGCUGAAAACCUGCUCUCUGAGAUGAAGAAAAUACAACAGUCCACCGCUCAGCUCCCCCACACCCUGCAGGUUACAUACCCUGACGUCUCCAAAACCGUUGUGGACUUGCACAAUAUCAUCACGAACCCUUCUCUCCCUGUCCCCGAGAAGGUCAAUCGCGUAGGCAGAGAGGUUAAGGAACGCGUGUCUCCGCUGCUUGAGAAGCUCACACAGCGGAUAGGCGAGAUCAUCAGUGUCCUUGGAUCGAAGGCGGAAGAGGCCAAAAGCACCGCUCAGGCGAAUGCGAACAACGGGCCUUCCCCAGCGCCGACUCAUUAAACGCCGGGAUUCAAAAUUGUUACGAACUUCAUCUUUCCCUUUCUCUUUAACAUUAUCACGUUCUUUCAUUGUCGUCAUGCCUUAUAGAAAUUCGAAUAGAUUAGAGAUUCCGUUCCUCGAUGCACUAUGGUUCACAUGUAUUCAUUGUCGUAUUCUUCCGUUCUCCUUGUAGUUGUAUUUGAAGUUUUCGUACUCCCUUUCGCAAAUGACAGUAGUUUGUAUUCGAUACAUG